AUGGCCAAUUCCAAAUAUGAAUACGUCAAGUUAUUUGAAAAAGAGAAUUAUUUGUUACCAGAUACAUAUAUAAUAAUAAGAGUCGAUGGGAAAGGUUUCCACAAGUUCUCGCAGUUUUAUGAGUUUGAGAAGCCCAAUGAUUUAAAGGCACUUCAAGUCAUGAACCUGGCUGCAGAGAAAUUAAUGAGUAAAUAUAGUGAUGUCAUGCUAGCAUAUGGUGACUCUGAUGAGUACUCGUUUUUGUUGCGUAAGAACUGUCAAUUGUAUGAAAGACGGGAAAUGAAACUCACUACCUUAUUUUCAUCACUAAUGUCAACCUACUAUAUGUAUUUUUGGCUGCAAUACUUUCCUGAUAAGCCAUUGCAUAUAGAUCAUUUGCCCAACUUUGAUGCAAGAGCAGUGCUAUAUCCAGAUUUCAAGCAUAUUAGAAACUAUUUUAGCUGGAGACAGGUUGAUUGUCAUAUCAACAAUUUGUAUAAUACUACUUUUUGGAAUUUAGUGUUAAAGUUGAAAAUGACACCUCAGCAAGCAGAGCAAAGACUCAUGGGUACAGUAGCAUCUGACAAGAAUGAGAUAUUAUUCAAAGAAUGUGGGGUCAAUUAUAAUAACGAGUCGGAAAUGUACAAAAAGGGAACUAUCAUUGUGAGAGAGUUUGAGAAUUAUGAGACUGAAGACGAGGCAGAGUUAUCCAAGAGACAAGUACAAAGGUUAGAAAAGAAAAGAAAGAAGGCUGAACUUAAAAUCUAUCAUGUUGAUAUUAUCAACGACGAUUCUUGGUGGAAAAGUAGGCCAUGGUUGAAGGAUUAG